GAGAGAAAAAGAGAGAGAGAGAGAGAGAGAGAGAGAGAGAGAGAGAGAGAGAGAGAGAGGCGGACGGCCCACGGUUGUUUUAUUUCUCCGGUUCUUCCCUCGGUGAAAUGUUGGUGUUUAAAGCCGGCGGACAGGUGUGAGCUGCAGGCGGAGCUGAGCGCGAGCGAGCGACACUUCCUCCAUGUGUGUGGAUAUUUCCUUAAACUCUGGAUCUCACUCUUUUCGCAUUUAACCGGAUUCUUCUUUUUUUAUUGUGAAAGGAGCGUGAAGAAGCAGCCGAGCCGAGCGCCCGAACCCCGGGGGAUCUGCGCCUCUUCCGUCCGUCCAGACUGCGGUCUCCCCUCCGUGCCGUUAGCAUGAUGUCAUAUCUCAAACAGGCCCCGUACGGGAUGAACGGACUGGGCCUGAGCGGAGCCGCCAUGGACCUGCUGCACCCGUCUGUGGGGUACCCGGCCAACCCGCGGAAGCAGCGCCGGGAGCGGACCACCUUCACCCGGACGCAGCUGGACAUCCUGGAGUCGCUGUUCGCCAAGACGCGCUACCCGGACAUCUUCAUGAGGGAGGAGGUGGCGCUGAAAAUCAACCUGCCGGAGUCCAGAGUGCAGGUGUGGUUUAAGAACAGACGGGCCAAGUGUCGGCAGCAGCAGCAGAGCAGCAGCAGCGCCAAGGUGAAACCCAUGAAGAAGAAGUCGUCUCCGACCAGAGAGAGCACCGGUUCGGAGAGCAGCGGCCAGUUCACCCCGCCGGCGGUGUCCAGCUCCGCCUCCUCCACCUCCUCCGCUUCUUCUUCCUCCUCCUCCUCCUCCGUCGCCUCCGGUCUCGGCGGCCCCGGUCUGAUCAGCACCUCUACCUCCGUCACAGCGCCGGUGUCGUCCAUCUGGAGCCCGGCGCCCAUCUCUCCGGCCCCGGCUCCGGCCACGCUGCCCGACCCCGCCGCCCCUACCAGCGCCUCCUGCAUGCAGCGCUCCGUGUCGUCCUCCGCCACCGGGGGGACGCCCUCCUACCCGGUGUCCUACAGCCAAACGGCGGCGGCGUACAGCCAGGGCUACCCGGCCUCGGCGUCCGGCUCCUACUUCGGCGGGGUGGAGUGCGGCUCGUACCUGGCGCCCAUGCACUCCCACCACCACCCGCACCACCCGCACCAGCUCAGCCCCAUGACCGGCAGCUCCAUGUCGGGACACCCGCACCACCACAUCGGGCAGACGUCGGGGCACCACCACCAUCACCACCACCCGCCGCACCACCACCAGGCGUACAGCGCGCCCGGCCUCGCCUUCAACUCCACGGACUGUCUGGAUUACAAAGAGCAGACGGCGGCGUCGGCCUGGAAGCUCAACUUCAACGCCUCCGACUGUUUGGACUACAAAGACCAGGCGUCAUGGCGUUUCCAAGUGCUGUGACUUCCUGUGUUCCUCUUCUUCUACGCUUUCAAAGAAGUAUUCCUUUUGUUGUUGGUGGUUUAUUUUUGAAAAUCCUUUAAAAAUAACAGUAGAGACAUUUUUAAAAGUUUAUUUGUGAACGAAGUGAAGCGACGCAGACGCCUGACGCCCCGAGCCGACGUCCUCGGGUUCGGCUCUUGUUGGCGGCGGCGGCGGCGGCGGAAUCGACUCGACCGGGAUUAUUUUUCUACUCCAGAACUCGAGAGAAACCGAACCGUUAACGACGCGUUGAAGGUCUCUGACGGUCUGGGAUCAUCUCAGCGAGCCACAAACACGCUGGAGAUUAUUCUACUAAGAAAAACUAAAAGAUCCUUUUGACACAUGAAACAAAAAGUCAUGAUUUGGACU